AUGUAUUCCAGAAGAUUUAUUUUAGUUGGUGUUUGUAUUAUAUUUGUUCUCAUUGGUGUUUCUUUGCUCGUUUUUUUCCUUAAUAAAAAGGGAUCCUGCCAUUCAAGCACGUUCACAUGUUCGAGUGGUGAUACCUGCGUUCCACAAAAAAAUGUGUGCAAUGGGAUCCCCGAUUGUCCCCACGACGAUGAUGAGGACGAAGAUUUUUGUGCGGAUCUAUACGGAAGUGUGAAAAUGAUCGAAACAAAUUGGAACAUAAGCAAAGAGAGAAAGGAUUAUAUUAAUUCAAUAUUUGAUAAAUGCGAAUUAAAAAUGUACCCCGAUUACUGCGUUUGCAAAUAUCAAACAAUCCUCUAUUGCAAAGAUGUGGGUCUACAAAAAAUACCACAAAACAUAUCAAAGGAAGUUACACGAUUGAUUUUAGCCAAUAAUAGUAUACACAACUUGAAAGUAGAUUCAUUCAAAAAUUAUAGGUUGGAUAUGAUGUAA